UCAAACCUUUUAAUUAUCACUAAUUAUUAACCUUUUUUCUUAAUAUAGUAUUUUUCUUUUUUUAAAAUUUUUUUUCUUUUCCUGGAAUUGGAUGGAAAACUGUUGGAAUUCUCCAUUGUUUUCAUCUACCAUUUUUUAAUCAUUAAUCUUUUGUUUUCUUCUUUUUUUUUUUUUUUUUUUUUUCUGGAGAAACGCUUCCUUCUUUUCUCCUUUUUCUUUCCACCAAAAGUUUUGUUUUUGACUAUGCAGCAGUGCAAAUUGCCUAGUGGGUACUUUCUGCUUCAUAUAUGAUUUGUAAUGUUUUUUCCUGCUUGAAGAAUUGGGUUUGGAUCUGGGAAUUCAGGUUCAAGGUUGUUCUUCAUCAAGGUUUUCUGAACUUUGUUUUAUGCUCUCUCUUUUUCUGUGAAUUUUAAGGUUAGGGUUUUUUAUGCUUGUAAAGUUCUAGCAUAUUUUAAGUCUUUUUGCUUUUAAUUGUUUUCCUAAGACCUUUUUUUUUUUUUUUUUAGCUUUGAGUGAGGAAAACUCAUCUUUGUUUCUUCUAGAAAUCUUAAUAAUGCCUUAGUUUGGACCUUAUUUUUAGGUCUUUUUUUUUAAACGGACUUGGUCUUGGUUGCUGAGAAAUAUGGAGAAAACAAAGACUAGAAAAAUUUUGGUUUAUUUGCUCUUUUUUUUUUUUUUUUGAUGUGUGUGUGUGUUUUAACAAUAUUAUUGGCUAUUUUUUUAGUAAAAAAUUUGCAAAUCUUAAGAUAUUUGAUCAGUUUUUUAAAUUGCUUAUCCUUAGUCCUUAGAAAUUGUUUAUCGCUGAAGCUAGGCCUUUAUAAUAUAUGUGCAUGAUUACAUCUAAAAGUUCCCUCUUUUUCCAUCGGCUUGUCCAGCUAGGGAGACUCUGGUGGCCUUUUGGUGAUAACUAGCUACAUCUAUAACGAAAACUAUAGAUAGGAUGGGAAAGGUUCCUAGGAUAUUUCUUUGUAAAUUUAGAUCAAAGUUGUCAUCGGUCACUGCAUGUGAUAUUACUUACUUUCAGAAUCAGUGCUUUCAAAAUUAUGUUUUAUGGAACUAUCUUGUCUCGAAUCCUAUGCUGUUACCUGAUAUUUUGACUUUUUAUUCUCCUUAUAUGUUACUAUUAUCCAAAGCUCAAAUUCCUGUCUGUUAAAAGGAAACCCCAUCUCCUUUCAUGUUUGAAAAGAAUCCAUAUUUCUGUCAGCACUACUAUAUGUUUCAGACAGUAUUAUACCUUUGUGUUUUUGGUACUAUUCAUGGGAAUCUGAUGAUUUUUUAUCUUUGUUUUUCUUCGAGUGUCAUAACUGAUGAUGUUUAUGAAUAUAAGAUAUUGGUGACUUCAAAGAAAUGUUCUUAGAUUUCACGUUGUCUAUACAGAUUUUGCUCAUAGUGGAUUAUGUAAUUAUAAAAGUUUUCUGCAUGUAUUUACAUGAUUUUUUUACAUUUAUCUCUAAUUUUUCAGGAUUGCUAGAAUCAUGAGUUUUGGAUGCAUUUCUACUGCUUUGGAGUCAAUGGAAACUGAAUUUAUGAUGUUCUAUGACAGUCAUACUACAAAACGGCAUGUACUUUCUAAAUUUUAUUUUGAGAUUUGACAUAUUAUCAAAUGACAAUGAGAGAGAGCACGCUUGUUUCCAUUUAUGUAAGGACAUAGAUGUGUACAAGCGUGCUCUCUAUCGUUGUCAUAUGAUUUGUAUAAAAUUGUCUUUUCUCAAUACCUAUCUCUGUUGCCGCAAAACAGGAUUGCUAGAAUCAUGAGUUUUGGAUGCAUUUCUACUGCAUUGGAGUCAAUGGAAACUGAAUUUAUGACGUUCUAUGACAGUCAUAUUACAAAACGGCUUGUACUUUCUAAAUUUUACUUUGAGAUUUGACAUAUUAUCAAGUGACAAUGAGAGAGAGCACGCUUGUUUCCAUUCAUAUAAGGACAUGAAUGUGUACUGGUGUGCUCUCUAUUGUUGUCAUAUGAUCUGUACAAAUUAUCUUUUUUCAGUAUCUAUCUCUGUUGUCGCAAAACAGGCUAUAUACAUAUCUGGCUUAUAUGCUGUACGUUGUAUAAGAGUUUCCUCAUCACCUUGAUUUUCGUUGAUGUGAAAGAUAAGUUUGUCUAGUUCUGCGCAAGAGAGAUUCUGAGGGUGAUCCAUUGCUUGCUCUAUCCCGAGGUAUGUUUGUCGUUCCUGAAUGAAAAAUUUUCUAUUAAUGGUUUAUUUAUUAUUCCAUUGUGACUUAUGACAGCGACCUCCACUAUACUAUUUUCUUUCCCUUUCAUUGAACUAUUUUGUAUCCUGAAAAUGAAAAAGUGCAUGGACAUUGAUGACAGGCAGUGAUUUUUUUUUUCUCUUUUGGUCUCAUCGACACAUAUUCAAGUGCAGCUUGGUCCUCUUGGAGAGUGUAAAAUUGCAUGCCAAUAUUGUUGCAGAAAAUUCAGCUGGAGUUAAGAUUUAAGCAGAGUUAGGAUCCAGAGCAAAAGUUCCAAUUAUUUCUAUCUCUGCGGAUGGUCCAUCCCUGUCCUUUUCUGAGUAUCCUUAUUUGAUUCAAAUUGGUCAAGAUGAGUCCUCUCAAGCCAAAGGCAUUGCCACCAUCGUUGAAGCAUUUAGUUGUAAAAACAUUAUCCUCAUUUAUGAAGAUAAUGAUUCUGCAAGAGAAAUUCUCCCUAAAGUCAUCACUUCUCUUGAAGGGACUGAUGUUCGUCUUGGCCAUCAUGUUGCCGUUUUAGCAUCAUCUACCGAUGACGAAAUCAUUGAGCAGCUCCAGAAGCUCAUGAGUUUGCAGACUGCUGUGUACAUGGUGCACAUGUCACCCUCUCUUGCAUCUCGCUGUUUCUUAAAUGCCAAACAACUGGAAAUGAUAAGUCUAGGGUCUGCUUGGAUUGCAACUGAUAUGAUUAUGAAUUUCUUGCAUUCAAUGGAACCAUCAUUCAUUGAGUCAAUGCAAGGGGUGGUGGGGUUCAAACCUUACAUUCCAACAUCGAAGGAGCUUCGCAAUUUCACUAUAAGAUGGAGGAGCAAAAAUUUUAUCAAAACUAAAAAUUCACAGGAAAUGGAGCUAAAUGUCUAUGGUAUAUGGACAUAUGACAUGGUUUGGGCUCUUGCAACAGCAGCAGAAAAGGUGAAGGCUGGACAUCCUGAUAUCAUACACCAAGAAACCAGAUUGAUUAUGAACUUCACGACCAUCCUCUCUUCAGAAAGUGGUUUGUUAUUUAUUGAUGAGAUAUUACAGACUAGAUUCAAGGGUAUAAGUGGUGGCUUUCAACUUGCUAAUGGCAGGCUGAUCCCUAAGGAAUUUGAAAUAGUAAAUGUAUUCAAGGGAGAAAGAAUAGGUUACUGGACUCCAGGAAAUGGAAUUACCAAAAUAACGAAGCAAGAUAACCGAUAUGAGAUGAAUUCGACAUCAUCCAGUAAACUUGAAGCUGUUAUUUGGCCAGGAGGAAAUAUGAACAUUCCAAAAGGUUGGUCUCUGUGUGGUAAGAAGUUGAGGAUUGCGGUUCCAAUGAAAAAUGGCCGAUUCAGCGAAUUAAUUAACGUCACUUUUGAUCCCCAAACGAAUGUAACAACUGUAAGUGGCUUCAGUGUAGAUGUGUUUAAGACAGCCAUUGAAACUUCAGAUUACGAGGUAAAGUAUGAGUUUAUCCCGUUUGAAAAUGCCAGCGGAUCAGCGGCUAGAUACUACAGUGAUCUUAUCCAUCAUGUUUAUCUCAAGAAUUAUCUUGCUGUUGUGGGAGAUACAACAAUCACCGCUGGCAUAUUUUCAGAGGUUGAUUUCACAUUGCCAUACACUGACUUAGGAGUUGGAAUGGUAGUGCGAAAAACCAACAAAAACAGUAUGUGGAUUUUCCUGAAGCCUCUUGCUGGGAAUCUGUGGAUAACCACUGCUGCUUUCUUUAUUUUCACUGGCUUUGUGGUUUGGCUUAUUGAACAUCCCAUCAACGAUGAGUUCCGAGGCCCACCAGCUCAGCAAAUUGGAACGAUUUUUGGUUCUCCUUCUCAACUCUUGUAUUUGCCCAAAGCGAGAAGCUCUUGAGCAACUUGUCAAAGUUUGUUGUUAUAAUAUGGGUGUUCGCUGUGCUUAUACUAUGCUCAAGCUAUACUGCAACUUUGAGUACCAUGUUAACAGUUCAACAUAUUCAAUGGAUCUCAAUGGAUGACUCCAUAGGAUAUCAUUCAGCUGUUUCACUCCAACGAGCUGCUAGCAACUUAAAUUUUGAAAAUCCGAGGGUAAAGAUAUACCAAUCUCCAGAAGAAUAUGCCAAUGCUUUACAAAUGGGAAGUAAGAACGGUGGUGUGUCUGCCAUUAUUGAUGAAAUACCAUACAUUAAAGUAUUCCUUGCCAAGUACUCUGCUGAUUAUACCAUGCUUAAAUCCAAUUCUACAUCAGGCGGGUUCGGCUUCACAUUUCAGGUGCAAUUUUGAGGCUAAGAGAGGGAGGAAAGCUGCAAAUGAUAGAAAAUGCAUGGUUCAACAGUGAGUCAAGCUUUUCAAACCAGGACUCUACUACGACUAACCCCAGCAGCCUAAACCUUGAUAGCUUUGGGGGUUUGUUUCUUAUUACUGGGAUCUGUUCAACUUCAGCUCUACUCAUAUGCAUAUAUCAAAAACGUCAAUGCCUGACAAUCAGAGACUUCAAAUUCUACCUACGCAGUAGCCUAGAUUCUGUGGAAAGGUACUUCUAUAAGUCCAAAAUAAAAUUCCAUAGCUUACAAACUGGAUUAAAGUAGGAAAACUUGCAAUUUGUACACAGUAUCUGUUUAUUUUAAGUUCAAAAUGCAUCAGUAUCUAAAGAAGGUAAUGCAAUAUGUUUAACAAAGAAUAAAGAAAAAGAUAAUUUAUUAAAAAAAUGUA